GGAAAUGAAUUACGAGCGUCAACAGGAUUGUUAAAAGCAAUGACAAAAAAGUUAUAGAAUAAUAUUGCUAAGCCUGCCCCGCCACAUGUUUUGAGUAACCCUUGAUUAUUAUUUUAACAGUUUAAAAAUACAAACAUCAUGAACAUUAUCGGAGUGACCAUAUUGCUUGGUUUGACUUUGUUUCACUCAGCAAACACCCUGACUUGUCUUCCCUGUGAAGAACAUCUGCUCAAUCCCGAAGGUAUUGAAGUUAAAGUCAAAAGAGAAUGUCCGAAAUUAAAUUGCCCCGGAAGCGAAGCACCAGGAAUUUGUCCCUGCUGCAAUAGAUGUGCUAAACAAAAAGGUGAAACAUGCGGUGGUGACUUCAAUAUGGAGGGUGAUUGUGACAAAAAAUUGAGAUGCGUGACACCACAAUCCAGAGUCAAUCCCGACAACAGUGUUUCACUGACAUUUAUACACAACCGGGGAGGAAAAUGCGAUGAUUCAGUCGCUCCUCUUGAUUGCAUGGACGUUUGUUCAAAGACGACUAAAGCCAAUAACGACCCAAUUGGAAUGGCAACACGUGGUAGAACGGAUUUUUUUGACUACAAAAGGCCGUCUGAAAUAUCUUCACACGGAACGUGGUUUUAUUGUGACUGCAGCGUUGGAGAAAGUGGAAGCGGAUGGAUGGUUAUGCAGCGCCGAUACCUGGACAUGGAAUCAUUCGACAGAGAUUUGAGACAUUACAUUCAUGGAUUUGGGAUGCCAACGGGAGACUAUUGGAUGGGUUUGCAAGCAAUUCGCCAUUUCACCAGUACUGUUCCACAUGAACUGAGAAUCACUGUAAAAUUAGCGGAUGGACGACAAUUCACGACUUAUUUUGACCAAUUUUCCAUCGGUGACGAAAAGGAAAAUUUCAAACUGAGGAUAACUCCAACUCCUGAGCAAGCAAGUGUUGAUUUUGCUGCCAUGCACAAUGGCAUGGAGUUCACGGCACGUGAUAGUGACAACGACCAGUGGAGAGAUGGAAAUUGCGCAAAAUCUUACGGCGGUGGCUGGUGGUUUAAUCGCUGCACUGAUUUCAACUUGAAUGGAAAGUUAUAUGGCGUCACAAUGUUCCCAUUGCCGGAAGAUGACGUCGUUGACGAAGAUGGUCCAGACCGUGUCUCAUGGGAUGCUUGCAAUGGAUGGAAAAUCGUCCAGACCGAAAUGGCGAUAAGGCCGUCUCUACAAUAUCCACCAAUCAUUUACAACUAACUUUACAACAAUAGAUAAAAUUCAUACUUCGAUAUCUACAUUUUAAAAAAUUUAAGUUUCAAAUUUGAGUGUAAGUUAAAAUGAUAUCUAUGGUAGAUGUAAAACAUGUAUGCUUUCGCUAUAGAAAAGGUAUUUUUCAUUGUUAUUAUCAUUCUCUGGGCGCCCAUCAUCAUUUAACGCCAAUAGACUAACUUGCCGACUUUAAAAUUGAGACACUUUGUGUCUAAAUUUAGCUCUAAAAUGUGGUCAGUUGAAGUCGUUUGAAAUCAGGUUACAAUGGGUCCAUAUUAUAAAAUGAUUUGCGUCCAUUUUCUUUAUUGUAGCAAUAUGUAACUUUUGAAUCAAAUGUGGUACAAAUUAUCUUUGUGUGUAAUAGGCUAUGGUAUAGCUUCUAGGUGAUUUUAAUACUUUAAACUUUCAAACGAAUGGCCGUGGCAAUUUUUGUUUGGGUGAACGUGUGUAUCAAUAAACUUGGUUGAAAAAAAAAUUA